ACUCAUUGCAACGGGUCUCUAUCCUCUCUAGCUGUUUCCAUUUGUCUGUUUAGUUUAAUUCCCAUUGCUCUUUCUUAAUUCUCCAAUAAUAACACCUGGUGGUUGGUGAACAUGGGUUCCCAUUUCUCUAAUUCAAUGCUUUUUUGCUUUGUUUCAGUUCACUGAACUAGAUUCUUCCCAAAAUAAGGAAAAACAAACGAAACUUUGCUAACCCUCCUAUCUAUACUAGUCUUUGUUUUCUCAGAAGCUCAACAUAGCUUUCUUUAUUUUUGCUGCUUUGACUUUAUUUCCAACCGUUCUGCUUAUGCAAACUUCAAAAGAUGAUGGUUGGACCCAGGACAUUUGAAGACUAAGCCUAUUCUUCUUAAUACAGUGUAUGGGUUGGAAUAAAUGAAGUCACAGCUCAAAAUUGCUCUUGCUUUUGUUAUUAGCUUGCUUUGGAUUCGGCACUCGUUUUGUGAUGUUCUUUCCAAGGGAACCAGAGCUACUCUCUCGCUAAUUGUUCUAAGUCAUGUGAUUGCCAUUCAGGUAUGUUGUUAUUUUUUACUGGAACGAAGACCACCAGGAGCCUCCUGCCGAUAAAUUUGUUUUCCCUUUUUUUUUACCUCUCUUAUUACCCUUGAUUAUUUAGCUUGAUCUUUGCCUUUGUGUAUGUUUAAUGGAUGUGCUUUUGCAAAAGUUGCCCGGUAACUAGAAUUCGUGAAAACUCAUUAUAGCUGCUUUUAUUAUAAAUUCCUGUAACAUCCUGAGUGCUGACGAGGGCGGGGAGUGAUCGCCGGUGCAAAGAGGCACGGACAAGGAGCGGCUCCUGACAGGCUUCCAGCAGGGGGUUACAUGCAUGAAUGAAUCGAAUCGACACCCGAAGAGAGGGAUUCCAAAGGCUGUGCAGAUGCUGAAGAGAGUGCAUCCAUAUGGACAUGCGUAUGUAAUCCCAAUGGGUUCCCCCAAGUGGCAGCAGAUGGUCAUAGCCCUAAUUGCUUUAAUGCCUGCAACUGCACCUGGGGAACUGUCAGCAUGUCAGCAGGUUCAAAGAAACACAUUUCCAGCAAGAUUGUUGUAGUUAUUCUAUUAAUAUGUGUUAUAUGCACAACCAUUGCGUUGGUUGCCUCCGUUAUGUGCUAUGUCUACCUAAGGGACAGAUACUCUAUUCAAUCACCAAUAUUCUCAUCUGAUAAGGAAACAAGUAGUGGUAGUACAGCCAACUUAAUUAGUCAUAGGACUGGGACUUCUUCAGUGUCAGAUACAAAAUUUGCUAUAAACUCUCCCAUUUGUCACUUUAAAGGAUGCUUUCAGAAAUCCUCUUUCUUGUUUGGGAGGCAAAAAGAAACUUUUCACGGAAAUAUUAUUCAAUUUUCGUUUGCUGAACUGGAAAAUGCCACUGAAAACUUUUCUGCUUCCAACCUAAUUGGACUAGGCGGGAGUAGUUAUGUAUACCAUGGUCGGCUUAAAGAUGGUAGCAAUGUGGCGGUUAAGCGUCUUAAAGAUCAAGGAGGGCCAGAAGCAGACUCUGCAUUUUUCAAGGAGAUUGAACUAUUAUCUAGACUUCAUCAUUGUCAUUUGGUGCCUUUGCUUGGAUGCUGCUCAGAAUUAAGAGGAAAACAUGUUCAGAGGUUACUAGUAUUCGAGUACAUGCCUAAUGGAAAUUUAAGGGACUGUUUAGAUGGAGUUUUAGGAAAAAAUAUAGAUUGGGCUACUCGUGUUAUAAUUGCAAUAGGAGCUGCAAGGGGCUUGGAAUAUCUCCAUGAUGCAGCUGCUCCAAGAAUUCUUCACAGAGAUGUCAAAUCAACUAACAUUCUUCUGGAUGAAAAUUGGCAAGCAAAAAUAACUGAUCUUGGUAUGGCUAAAAACUUGAGAUCUGAUGGCCUCCCCAGCUGUUCAAAUUCUCCAGCCAGAAUGCAGGGGACAUUUGGCUAUUUUGCACCGGAGUAUGCUAUUGUUGGUAGAGCCUCUCUUGAGUCAGAUGUCUUCAGUUUUGGGGUGGUUCUUCUUGAGCUUAUCAGUGGUCGACAACCCAUCCAUAAAUCUACAGGCAAAGAAGAAAGCCUUGUUAUAUGGGCUGCUCCUCGCUUACAAGAUAGUAGGCGAGUAAUAACAGAGUUGGUUGAUCCACAAUUGAAAGGAAAUUUCCCAGAAGAAGAGGUUCAUAUAAUGGCAUACUUAGCAAAGGAGUGUUUGCUGCUGGAUCCUGACACUCGACCAACCAUGAGUGAGGUUGUUCAGAUUCUUUCAACUAUUUCCCCAGGAAAAUCUAAGAGGAGAAGAAACAUUCCAGCUAAACUGUUUCAGGAACAAGAGGAUGUAGAAAAGCAAAGGCAAGCUCCAUCAAUUGAAAUUCCAACUCAUGGUUCAUUGCCGCUAGAUAUUGAUCACAAUCUGUGUGUUGUGGACAAAAAUAAAGAAGCAGAUGCAGUUUCAGCUGAGUAUAUGGAGAAUUUGAUCCCCUUGACUUCAAAAUCUGAGGGCUGGCAUGCAUCAGAAGAGGAAAUGGUAGACCUAACUGAGCCUCGUUUUGAAUCAUUUUGCAUUACAAAUGUCAAUUUCCCUUGAAAAUAUACACCUGCAUGGGCAGAGAUGCAGAAGGAAGAAUUCUGAUGAAUAAUUUAUUGUGCAUGGCUCAAUGGGAUAUCAAUGGAGAUGCUGCUAUCUAGUUUUGAGAAUAUGUUCAUCUACAUUUUUUUCAUUUUGUUUUGAAAGGAAGAGCACAUAGGUGUUGUUAGAUAAGCUGAUAAGCAUAGAAAUAUUUUCGUUGUAUUCUUGUACAGAAAAGGAUAGAGGAUGAUAGGAGAUUCUGGUUUUUUUUUUUAUUGGGAGAAGAAUCAGAUGACAUACACAUUAAAGGUUUUAGUCAUAGAAAUAAUUGUUUUACAAUUAUAUUUGGUACUGAGUCUACUGACAUAUGAAGUAGUUGAACUGAACUUUCCUGUGUCUGCCGUAAGACUAAAGGUCAUAA